UUCAUGUUCAUUUCGAACAGUUAUAGUCGAUCUCACAGAUGAUAAAGUCAUAGUUAAUGUUAUUGUUUACAUUAAAUUUACAUCCAAAUUUUUUUAUACUAUAAUUUAUUGGAUAAUUAUAAUAACAAUAAAAAACACAAAAAAUGAUGACAGAUAUGGAAGAGGCAGAAGCAAGAGAACUUCAAUUACAAAUUGAGAAACGCGAUAGCAAAGAAGUUGAAUUCGACUUCAAAGUAGCUGUGAAGAAAUUAGCAGAAGGAUUUUUAAAUCAAUAUCAAGAACAGUGGGAACAAACUGAGAAAAAACUCGAUGAAGUAAAAAAUAAGCAAGAGACUUUGCUCGAUCAGAUGCAAACUGAGAACAAAAAACUUCAAGAUGUUUUUGAUGAUGUUAAGCUAAAUGAAAUGUUUCAGAUGAUUAAAGUUAGUCAAGGUAAAUUAAUAUUAAUGAAGAAAGAAAUGGCUUCCAUUCAUGAGAGGACAUUCAGAUUAAAAAAACGAGCGUCAAAGUUGCAGCAGAUAAUACAGAAGGAGGCCUUAAAUAGAGAGCAACAACGAGAGCAAGAACUUCGUCGGGAACAAGAAUUAAUUGGUAAACCAGUGAUAAGUUAAGAAAAACCAUUAUCUAGGGAGAUAAUUAAUAUCGGCAAAGACACAUAGACAUAUAAGAACAGAUUGUACUUAUACACACAUCAUGCUAAAAUGUGUGUCUAAACUUAGUCAUUGAUUUUAUUGUGUAAUAUAACUUAUACAUACAUAUUUUUAUACAUUACCAAACAAUUUCCCAUUGUCCAUUAGAGUCACAUUUCUCAGUACCUUUACAUAAAUAAUUAAAUGUUGUUCUAGUA